CUAAUUUAAAGGAGUGGAUGGUCUUCCUUCUGCUCAUUCUUAAUCUAUGCAUGCUGCACUUUGGAGAGUUGUUAAGCGGCUGUCAAUUGUCAGCACUGUGUCAGAGUAGUGUCAGAAUUCAGAAUGCAAUAAUGGAGAGAUUGGAUUUAUUAAUCGUAUCAAUUUUACAAAUUAUCAACCCAAUAGUAAUGGAUAAGUAACUGAAAUAUGGGUGCAAACAUCUCCCAAUUGGAACGAGAUAUUGGAUCAGAACAAUUUCCAUGCAACGAGCAUUACUUCGGAUUAGUUAAUUUUGGGAACACUUGUUAUAGCAACUCUGUGCUUCAGGCUUUAUACUUUUGUAAGCCAUUCAGAGAAAGAGUUUUGGAAUACAAAGCAAAGAAUAAACGUACUAAAGAGACACUUCUCACAUGUCUCGCCGACUUAUUUCACAGUAUUGCUACACAAAAAAAGAAAGUAGGCUCUAUAGCGCCAAAAAAGUUUAUAGCAAGGCUACGAAAAGAAAAAGAGGAAUUUGACAACUACAUGCAACAGGAUGCACAUGAAUUUUUAAAUUUCCUUAUUAAUCAUAUUAGUGAGAUCAUCUUGGGUAUGUAUGAGUUGGUUAUCUCUUCUGAACGUCAACAAAAUUCUACAACUAAUAAUAUAAAAUCAAAAGGUGCAGGUGAAAAUGGCACAGCGCAUAAUUCUCCAGAACCAACGUGGGUUCACGAGAUAUUUCAGGGUAUUCUCACUAGUGAAACGCGAUGUUUGAAUUGCGAGAAUGUUAGUAGCAAAGACGAAGAUUUCUUUGAUUUGCAAGUGGACAUCGAACAAAACACCAGUAUCACCCACUGUUUGCGAUGUUUUAGCAACACGGAAACGCUUUGCAGCGAUAACAAAUUCAAAUGUGAUAACUGCAUGAGUUACCAGGAGGCCCAGAAGAGAAUGCGUGUAAAAAAGCUGCCAAUGAUUCUAGCCUUGCACCUGAAACGUUUCAAAUACAUGGAGCAGUACAAUAGGCACAUUAAAGUGUCUCAUAGGGUGGUGUUCCCUUUAGAGCUGAGACUUUUUAAUACAGUAGGUAUAUUUUUCGUGCUACUGUAUGACCUUGUAGCUGUUGUGAUACAUUGUGGUAGUGGACCUAAUCGAGGCCAUUAUAUCAGUAUUGUGAAAAGUCACGGAUUUUGGCUGCUGUUUGAUGAUGACCAAGUGGACAAAAUCGAUGCCUCAACGAUAGAGGACUUCUACGGUUUGACAGCAGACACGCAGAAAUCUUCGGAGACUGGCUAUAUUCUCUUCUAUCAGAGCCGUGAGAGCUUAUGAGGCAUCCUUAGACUUGCCUUGAAAAGGUGAGAAGGAGAAAGCGCGAAAAUUAAUGAAGACAACGCGGAGGCAAUCGACAAUUCAGAGAAAAACUCUCGAAUGGGCACAACUCCCAUCGUCUGCGCUUUCUGUCCAGAUCGUUGGGGUAUUCAUGGGGGAACCGUCGGCGAAGCUGUAACAUAACUGUAACCACUGAUUAGCAUAUUCAACCAGAAGACACCCACCCCAAUCUAAAACUGUGGCUGCGAAAAAAAUACCGUGGCGUCGCCAACCACUUAUGCUUACAACUAUAUACGUGCCGACAACCAUGUUUAGGCGUCAGCGUUGCCACCUCGUUUCCCUUUGGCAGCAAGUGAUGAGAUUCCUUUUUCGGUCGUUGAGAAAUUUUGAGAAAACGAAACCUUAAUAAUAAUAUUAGGGAGGUUGAGGUAGGCUUUCCUUAGGAGGUUUAUGACAUGUUAAAGUACGAGUAAUUUUUUCCAACCCUUCAUGGCUAGAUUUAUCGUUUUAUUAUGAAAUUGUCCAUUUUGUAUUUUACACGUAGAUGUAUUGAAUCAGUGACUGUGCAUAUAAAAUGACCUUUAAAAGUCGAUGCAGUAUGUUACUACCGGUAUUUCACGUCUGUCAUCAUAGGAAGUAUAAAUGGCAACACUGGCUUGUUUACGCCUGCGUAAUGAAGAGUUUCGACCUGUAACUUGAUCGCCGAUUUCCUAAAACACAAAUCAGACAGCAUUCGGACCAGUAACACCACCUAUAAACGUGUCAUUGCCAGGUAUUGGUAAGCUGGCCUUGGCAUCUACACUUUCUGUGAUGCCUCAGCUCUGUAUAGUAUUACAGAGUAAGUAAUAUACUGUAUAUGUAUGAUCACUUCUGAGAUACCAUAGCAUAUGGCAAAAAUGAAGGAUAUUAUUUUUGCACUAUACUUAUAUAACACCGAGAUAAAAAUGAAUUAUGAUAGGACUGUUAGCUUCAGAUGAAUGACCAGUUAGCAUGUCCUAUUAUUUGAAGUAAUUCAGCAAAACAACCUUUGUUGUACUUAAUACCAAGUCCCUGAUAAAAAUUCUAAAUCAUAGGUAAUCAGUAAUUAUUGUUGUAAUGAGAAUACCGUCAAGAACCAAGCAAAUUGACUAUGAAUAGGGAAUAUGUAUAUUUUUUUGUAUGUACUUACGAUUAUUUACGUUAAUAUAAUACCGUCACCACAUUUCAUUCAUGGAAAUGUCUGUAGUUAUUUUUAAUUAAAUAUUUAAAACUGCCAUUUAGGUUGAUUUAAACGCCGCUUCGCACCGUCAUAACUCACGAUUUGCCAUUUCAUUGUUUUGGUUAAUCUGCGGUCGAGUUGCCAAAGGUUCUGUUUUAUAUCUUCCGGUUAUAAUAAAAAAAAUAUGGCGUAAAAUAAGGAAAAGAGAUAAUAUAUCUUCAAAAAGUGAUUAAUAUUAUGUAUAUCAUUUUAACCUAACCACAGAACACAUAAUUACCAUUUUGCCCAAGUAAUACUUUUUACUUACCUUAGAUUACAAAUAUUAUGUAUUUUUUUCACUUGCCAUUUAAAGAAGAAACCACUAUAAACCAUCGUUGAUUGCACUGAGAAGAACUUUGUCCGAGGUCUAAGGGCCGUAUCGUCAGUCGUUCCUACAAUUGUAGGACGCCUUUAUGGCCUCCUUGAUUUUUAUGUUCUUUGCUCUCCGUCAUAAAGGCUGGGGUGUUUCUAGAUUUCUACUAUUCCGUGUCCUCGUCAGCGCCCUCCUAUUGUGAAGGUAUAUUUUCUUUUUGAAUUGUAGGAAAUUUUGAUAAAUCAGAUGAUAUAAAUCAAAAGCAUGAAGAAUUUGAUGCAAAUAUUUUCUCUCCUCCAGAAUCAAUGGGGUAUUUCUAGAUUUCUACUGUUCCGUGUCAGCUUCAGAGCUCGCCUUUUGUGAGGCUAUGUUUUCUUCUUGAAUUAUAGAAAAUUGUGGUACACGAAAAAGUUGUAAAAACAAUCCGAUGAAUGUGCUCUUUCGGACUGAUCAUCGCCUGCUAUUUCAAAUCGGACUGACCAAUCAAGAAAGGGUUGGGUGGCCACAAGUCGAAAUGGUAAACAUGAAAUAAGUUUAAAGGCAUUGUUCUGUAGCAAUAGACUGUAAAUAAGCAUAACUGAUAUUUGAAUCACAAGCAUAUUCCCUAUUGGUAGUCAUCCCACAAGAUUACUGGUCGCAAAGGGUUGAAGAAAAAUGGAGCCUGCAUUUAUUACUUCUUAAGGAACUCCUGCGAUCGUAUUUGGCAACGUGGCAAUAACGAUUGAAAUUGGAAGCGAAACAAUGGCUGGCCAUUUAGAGUCAAGUUGUAAUAUAGUCGAUACGACUAAACUUGGCCCUUUUGUGACUCUUUUGCCAUAAAGGCCUGUUAUCAUUAUUAUCUUCUUGGAGAAUAUGUUAAUCAAUGCUGUAACAUAGCCGUAACAUGCUCUUGGAUGCUUCCUCUCUCUAAGCGCGCGAAAACGGAUAAGGUUGAAUGAUUGGAGAUGAAUGAAUGGCAUUGAGCGUUUAUACACUUUUAAAAUUACGGGGCUUUCCGAUGUGUGGAGUAUGACGGAAACGAAUACAUAUGAUAAGAAUACUCAUUCUGUGUCUUACCAUUAACGUAUUCUACAUGAAGAUAGCCAACCUGAUGCUAUAUUCCCGCGACCAAAAGAACAAAAGAAAAUAAGAUACCGUACCGUCAUCCAUGCCUCAUAGAUGGCGCUGUAGUCACAUAAAUGCUUAUAUAUGCUAAUAUAGACAAAACCAUCUAUAAAAGUAUAUACAGGAUGUCCCAGAAAUAACACGCCAGAGUGACACGGGAGGUAGAUAAAAUCAACAUGACCUUAGUAAAAGUUUUCUAGUUUUCGAGAUAUUGCGACUUGUAGGUUUUUUAAAAAAAUCACUACCUUUUGCUCCUUUCUGCAUGUUAUGGCUAUUAAGAACUUCUAACUUAUGAGUUUUUUGCUGGACUACCAUUAAUAGUUGGUUGUGACAACCGAGCAUUCAUGUCAUUGAAAACUAGCACGGUAUGCUACAGAAAAUUAAUACAUUUUGUUUCAAUGUGAAAACCUUGACUGAUUACUGUGAAAAAGUGUACCAGAGUGAAUCGGUAAAUGAUCUUAAAAACUAGCUAUUUAAUGCUUUUUAAAAAUAGUAUAAUAUUUAUAGGUUCUUUCUAGUGAAAAUUGAAUAAUUCCAAGAUUUGUCAUUGAAGUCGUAAUACUUGCGAAAUACUACAAAUAAAAAAUAAGUGCAGCCGCCUUUUGUAUCCAAAUCACUAAACAUGUCAUUGACUAUCUCGCUCUAACUUUCAUUGUUCGGUCAGAAGUAUUAUGUCACCUCGAGUAACAGGGGUGGUACCUGCGCUCUUCACGCGCGGGGUUAAUUUAGUACUGCUCCUUGUGUUAGUACUACACGUGAGUUAUAUAGCUCUUUCGGUGUUUAGAUCGUUUCAAUCGUUAGUGAUUUGGAUACAAAAGACUGUUGCUCUUAUUUUUUAUUUGUAGUAUUUCGCAAGUGUUACGACUUCAAUGACAAAACUUGUAAUUUUUCAAUUUUUAGUAGCAAGAACCUACAAAUGUUAUACUAUUUUUAAAAGAUCAUUAAAUAAGCUAGUUUCUAAUAUCAUUUGCCGAUUGAGUUCGGUACAUUUUUUUCACAGUAAUUGCUCAAACUUUAGUAAAGAUUUUCAUAUUGAAACAAAAUUUAUUCUUUUUUUAGCAUACCGUGAUAGUUUUCAAUGAAAUUAAUGCUCGGUUGUCUCAACCAACUAUUAAUGGUAGCCCAGGAAAAACCCAUAAGUUUGAAGAUCUUAAUAGCCAUAACAGGCAAAAAAAGGAGCCAAAAGUAGUGAUUUUUUGAAAUAAUCUAAAAGUGCCAAUAUCUCGAAGACUAGAAAACUUUCACUAAGGUCAUCUUGAUUAUAUCUGAUUGAUCUGAAGCCAAUCUACCUCCCGUGUCACCCUGACGUGUUACUUCUGGGACACCUUCAAUAGCGAAUGAAGAAACAGCUGACAAAUUUUCAUAGAUUCGUAUCGCAUUUUAUCUCGGUAAAUUUUUUGGACGCGGAAAUAUAGCGUUGCGUUGACUAUCCUCAUGUAGAAUCAAUGGUCUAAUUUACCCUGGACACGAGCUUUUGCACACAAUUGCAUAGGGCACCUUCCAGGGUCUAGCCUAAAUUAUGAAGACUUAGUUGCAGCAUGAUGUUUAAAAGAUAAAAUUGAUCCUCUUGCCAUAUUGUUUUCCUGAAUGCAUUUAGAUGUUCAGAGAGCGCAGGAAAACUCGAAUUUCAAAAUUUCCGUUGAUAUGUGCAGUAUGGUCGGCGACAUGAAAGCGCUUAUUUAUUGCGUUCGUCCUCAGUACUUGUUCUGUGUGAUCAUAUGACGCAAUACAGUACCAAUUGGUUAUGUUGACAAUUAUAACUAUUGAUUUACAUGUAGCGAUGUGCAAUUUUGCUCCCACUAGACAGCGCUAGUGUGGUUGGUCAAACUGUAAAAAGUAGAUGGAUUUAUUAACCUAGACAUGACCGCCAAUCCAACUAGCACUGUCUACUUCUUGCUUUACAAAUUAUCCCCCAAUCCGACCAAAAUAGCAACUGAUCUUGCGUAUUUUGUUUCUCGGUAAAUAGAUUAUCAACUCAUCUAAUCCGGUUUGCGUAUUUUGUUUCUCGGUAAAUAGAUUAUAAGACCAGCUAAGUGAUGACAACACGUGUUCGAGAAAACCAAUUCUUUCGCUUUGUUCCUCACUUUCGGACGGCUCCGAAUACUUACUCUCGUCAGAGGACCGGUUCCUCCAAAUAUGUAUAUGUAGAGUAAAAAUGAUCUGUAAAUAAUCAUUAUCAUUGUGGCAAAGAACUAUUUCCUUUUUUUUAAAUGAUAUAUAAUUUAUUUGUUCAUUUGUAUUUAUUUUUUCCGUACUUCAUUCUUUAUCUUGAAUGAUUGUGUUACUGAUGUCGACUGUUGCACUGUUUAAUCUGAAAAACACUACUGCAUUUCAGUAUUGCAAUUAUGGGUCUUUAAAGUAGGAACUUUGUUCGAAAAAAAAAAGAGUUAAAUAGUGGAUGUUUUUUAAGCACAUUAAUUGAAAAAAAUCGAUUCGAUAAUUUUGGAAAAAAAAUCGAUUCAUGGAAUUCUUUUUAACACUUCUGGGAGGAAAAUGCUUCAUGGAUAUAGAAUAUAAGGGUGUUUCCUACUUGAAUGCCAAUAUUUAAGGCAGGAAUUUUUGGGUCUAUUUUAAGAAGAAAACUUCAUAUGAACGUAUGUCCUGAACGUUUUGUAAUAGAGGGUGGUAAAGUUUUUAAUAUAGAAAGUUAGUGGCGAGCCACCGACUUGCAUCUGAAAAUGAAAAAAAAAAUUGAAUUAUUUACUCCGAUGCACGGUUUUCAACUAAAAAUAAUUUCUUUGCAUGGUCAUAUCAAUGAUAUUAUGAUUAUGCAGAUAAAAGUGUAUUUUUUAUGCUAAAACCGUGCAUCGGAUUGAGAAGGAUCAAUUAGUCUAUAAAUGAUUGGAGAUUUCCAGAAUAACUUUUAAGAGAAAAUAGUAGUUAAUUUCUGUCAAAAUACGCACGUGAAAUCCCGUACAAAAUGCCUCUUGAUAUGUAUGCUAAAGGAUUCGUAUUUGAAAAUGGGCCCUAAAAUUGCACUCCCAAUUAUUGACAUUCAAUCAGGAAACGCUAGAAUUAUAUCCAUUGUAUAAAAAAUAAAUCUCCGAAUCAGAUUUUCCGUAAAAAGUCUUGAUAUUACUAAAUCAUUGUACCUCAUUUGGAUGUAAAUUUAAAUAGUGCAGCUAUUUGACUUGUGUCUGAUAAGAAAGCAUUUUAGAAAUGUUAUUUUCUAUAAUAUACUAAUAGUGCUGUUGAAGCGAUAGAUUUUUAUUCGUAAGUGAAUUUUACUAUUAAUUUUGUGCAGUGUUCAUUUGUAAAGAAUUUGUAAAUAGUGAAAUUCACUGUACUGUUAUUUAUUUGUUUUUUUUGUAAUAUUUCGAAUGUAACUUAGUGUCCU